AUGAAGGGCCUCCACUUGGCUCUUUUCGCUGCCCUUGCGGUGGUAAGCGUCCAUGCCAACCCUCUCCGCGCACGCAACUUUGGCAACGGCAACGGCAACUCCGCAUCGACACCCUGGCCUCCCAUUCCCGACCCUCAGUCGUACACCAAGCCCGACGGUCCGGUCAGGGUCUACCCUGUCUCGGUCAACAAAGGCUUGACGAGCGAGCACGCGAACGCGACGAUCUCGCUCAAGAAUGAGGGCGACCUCUUUACUCGCGAGUCUCGCUCCCUUGUGCUCUUUCUGCAGGUCGAACGCUCACAGUCGUCUCCUUUCGCAGUCGACUACGGCCGCGACGUUGCUGGUCGCCCCUUCUUCGAGGUCACAGCACUUGGAAGCCCGUACGCGCAGCUCGAGGUCAAGUACACUGAAGCCUUCAACGGUCUGAAAGUCAACUACUCCGACGGCCCCUUCCCCUUCUCGAACGGCCUCUCGUCCGAGUUCCGCGUCGAGACGCUCAACGUCACCAAGACGGGCGAGCUCGCUUCUUUCUUCAUUCAGGGAUCGCAGAGGUGGGAGUCGGUCAAGCUUAUCAAGGGACAGGGCGUCGAGAUCAAGAGUGCAGGGUUCAUCUCGAGUGUCGAUGAGGCGCCCAUCGCCUCCAAGCCGGGCUACUUCGCCUCGUCCAACUCGAACAUGACAGACAUCUGGAACCUCGGCCCUCGCACGCAGCAACUCGCCUGCUUCCCGCCCAACUCGCAGCCCUCAACCUGGGAAGUCGACUCGAAGAAAGGCGUCUACAUUCGUGGUCAGAAACCUGCGACGACGGUCAAGGGCGCCAACGCGAAGAACUACACGCUCGCUUUCGAGGCCAACAUAGACUACGGAGGCGUCGGAUGGCGGCUUGAUACCGAGAUCGACAACAUCUUCGCCGAGGGUCCUUAUCUCGUCCUAACGAGCAAUUACCCUGAAGGCUCUUUCAAAAACUACAACCACUCGCUCGUUCCGCCAAACACGCUUGUGCUCGGUCGCGGCUGGUCUUUGCAGAACCAGACCACCUUGACCGGAUGGCAUUUGGAUUCGUUCCCUGUCGGCUUCGACGUGACCGAGAAGACCUGGCACAACAUCGAGACCGACUCGCCCGGCGACGGCACGUACACCGUUCGCCUCGAUGGCAAGCAAAUCGCGCACUUCAACCUUACCGCCUACAACGUCGGCGCUCGCCCGCCCUACUUCCCUCCCUGCGCCUACUACUCGUUCGCCUUCGGCCCGUGGCAGGACCAGGCUGCGUGGUACCGCAACGUCAACAUCACGUUGGCGUCGGGCCAGAACUGGUACUCGAACCCGAUGACGAGCGAGGACAUCAAGGUCGAGUACGGUGUCGCGACCAACGACUUUACCGUCUGCUCCGACGCCGGAAAGCGCGACAGGUACUCGUGGCUCGGCGACCGCCAGAUCUCGGCUCGCUCAGUCGAGGCUGUCGGCGAGUUCGAGUACGUCUCGGGCCCGGCCGAGCAGGCCUUCGCCCGGCAGAUCGCCUCGGGCGAGGUUCCCUCCAAUAUGCUCUUCUCGCAACUCGACCCGCUUGGCAUCCAGGGUCGCACCGAAUCGCUCGACUUGAUCCUCGUCGACUGGGACUCGAAGUUCUUCGACGUCAUCUACCACUACUGGCAGAAGACCGGCAACGACUCGUUCCUCCAGGCUCACUGGGGCGACAUGCGCGCGAUGAUGGCCUACGUCAUGCAGACCUCGAUCGACCCAAAGACGUCCUUCAGCACGAACGGCGGUUCCGGCCCCACCAUCAGCUCGACCGCGCUCAACAUCAUCGCGCUCGAGGAGAUGGUCGAGAUGGGCUCGCACCUCGGUCACUCGUCGGCCGUCGCCGCCUACCAGGUUCAGGCCAACCUCUCGCGCAAGGCUCUCGAGGGUCUCUGGAACGAGACCGGCGGGUUCUACGCCUUCCCGGGCAAGGACUACAUCGUCGAAGACAUGGCGUGGAUUGAGCUCGCCAAGAUCGGCACUGCCGAGCGCCGCGACAAGUUCUGGUCGCACCUCCCCUCGCGCCAGGUUCCCGGCGGCUACGUCGACCCGCCCGCGGAGAACAAGUUCGACCUCCUCGGUGGUGGCGUCAAGAUUUCGAUGAACAUCGCAGCCGAGCUUUUGUGGGCGCUUGGCGAGCGCGGCGACGGCAAGACUGCUCAGGACCUCGUCAAGCGGACGUACGGUCCGAUGGUCGAGCGCAACGUCAACUACACUGGCGCGUACUGGGAGUUCUUGAGCGCCGACGGAACGUAUCCGGGCAACGAUUUAGAAACUGCGCAGAGCCAUUUCUGGGGCGGUUUCCCCACUGCGUUCAUGAUGGAGUACGUCCUGGGCGUCAAGCCGACGACUCCGGGCUUCGCGACGUUCGAAGUCGCGCCCAUCUCCGGCUGGGAGGACGACUGGGUCGAGGGACGCGUUCCGACCCCUCACGGCCUCAUCUACACUGCCUGGGGCUACGACUCGGCGGGCAAGCUCCAUAUGGAGGUCACGGCACCGAAGGGUACGACUGGCACGAUCAAGCCGCCGUUUGAGGGCUCGUUCUCCGUCAACGGCAAGGCGGGCCAGUCGGGCACGGUCAAGGUCGAGGGUGGGAGGGUCAAGGUCACGGUCGUCCAGCAGUAG